CACACAGACGAGCGUCUCUCAAGAUCCCAUUGUUCGCCCUUAGCGGAUCUCUAUUUCAGCCCCCGACCAGGCUCUGGGCUUCACCGUGACUACGUAUGAACCACAUCCUCACCAGAAUGUCUAUCCGUACCUCCUCUCUCUGCGAUUCCACGUGGGACUCUGGCACCGUUUCUACCCAGGACAUCAAGCUCCAUAGAAAAGGAUCGAUAGGGGAACUCCUUCGUCGUGUCAAUCACGCUCCUCAGGAGCUCGACGACUUCCUCGAUAUCUACGUUCCGAGCCAAUUCAACCCUCCGGAGACUAUCAAAACGAGUAACAAGGCGGACAUCUUCGAUAAGUGGACCCCUACCGAAGGAAAGGAAGCGAUUUUGUAUAAGCACUUAAUCGACGCAUUUGAUGCUCUCGUUGCGUCGUUGCCAGAACAUCUCCGUCUGAUAUUCUGUGACUGCGCUGGUCAGAGAGUCCCCUUUCCGUUCGAGGACCACGUUGACCACCAUGCGACGAAGCCCGACCUCAUCGUCUCCUUCCCCGGAAAGACGCUCCCGCGCAUGCAGACGAACCCCACGUGGUGGAUGGUUAGCAUGGUCAUAGAUGCCAAGGCGACUGAACAGCAAGACCCUUUCAAUAUGGGUAGUCAAGCCUCUGUCAACUCCAUCACUGCGCUGGCUGUCAGCGCAAGGGAUCUACUUUUGGCUCAUGGCUUCUGCUAUGUCUUCGUGGUCGGUCUUUACGGUGACUUCGCUCGCAUCGUCCGCUUCGACCGUUCGUCAGCCGUUGUCAGUAAACAGUUCAAGUACCGCGAACAUCCAGACAUACUGCAAAGGUUCUUUUGGCGGUUGGUCCAUCCCAUCAUCGGCAGCACCAUCGUCGGCAGCGAUCCUGACGUUCGGCCCCUGACGAGACCUGACGUGCUGUGGAUCAAGGAGCAGUUGCGUAAGCUGCGAUGGGAUGUACCCAUUUCUGAUGAGGAACUCCGGAAGGGGCGCGCGGUUGUGGUUCCGGAGAGUGACGCCGUGGACGCAAAGCCCAGGACGCUUCUUCUAUUCGACCUUUUGGACGUGAACGUUCGAUUGUUCAGCCGGGCUACGAUGGUUUGGCUUGCGAUAGAAGAUCUCCGAGCACGUCCUCAGGAGCCCUCCUCCCACCAUCCUCCUUGUGCCAGGCUCGUGGUCUUCAAGGAGGCCUGGCGCCAGAUCACGCGGCGGCCGGAGACCGAAUUUUACCAGCGUCUGGCUUCGAUCCCGGACGACGUCCGUACAGGGUUGCCCAAGAUGCUCUUCGGUGCUGACCUCGGGGAGCGAAACAUGAAGAUUCGGCGAGCUGCCGGUGAAAAGUUCUCUUACGAAGCCAACACCGGUCAUAACUCUCUAAUGGAUCCGAGCCCGUCUAGCGCCAUUGCGGCCACCGCCUCGGACACGUCUGAAACCUGUUUUCCCCCGGAUAUCGGUGCUCCCGCCCUCACAGAUCCCGGUCUCAACAGUCCGCGUCAACUUCCUGCAGAUAAUGAUGGUUGUGUGCCCUCUCCGCCCUAUCCGCCGUCCGCCGUCUUCCCUUGUUCCCCAUAUCAGACGCACUGCUGGAGACUCCUCUUUGGUGAUGAGUGUAGCAGCCGUGAACGCAGUCUCGUUCGUUGCGCAGUUGACACUGUCGGGAGGCCGCUCAGGCAUUUUAAAUCCACCCGUGAGCUUGUAGGGGCCGUCCGAGAUGCCAUUGAAGGACAUCGCCAAGCUUGGGAGGUUGGCGUCUUGCAUCGUGACGUCAGCGCUGGCAAUGUGCUCAUCUCGGAGCAACCUGCAGACCGACUGAGGGGAUUUCUUCAUGACUUUGACUACAGCUCGAUGACAAAGGGGGUCCCGCCUCCUCUGAACGAAUCUUCGUCCACAGAACCUCUUCUACGUAUGGGCGAAGCAUAUGACGAGGAAGACCUGAAAGAACGAACGGGGACGUACUACUACAUGGCGCAGUUGCUACUUAGGAAGAAGUCCAUUGUGCACAGCGUUCAUCACGAUUUCGAGUCCUUCUACUGGGUCUUGCUAUGGAUCGUCUUGCGUCACACCCAACAUGACUUAGAAGUCGACCCGGAAUCACCCAACCCUUGCACCCGCGUUUUCCGAUCCGGGAACAACCUGGAGGCCGCGGACAUGAAGAGAGCAUGGCUCACCGAAACGGAGGUCCACUUUACUGUCGACGGCAACAAGCCGUUGACUGACCUCAUGCACCAAUUCCGCAUGCUCAUCCUGGAGGCGAUCAUCAUGGGCCCGCGGGCGGCUCCGCGCAGAUAUCUCACGCACGCUGCGGUACUGGAACUCUUUGACACGGCCCUCGCUCGGACUGAUUGGCCAGAUCCUGAGAACGAUGGACCCAAGCCGUUUGCGUACGCGAAGCCCGUACCGCCGCGUUUGAACCAGCCGAAGCGCGCGGCCCAGCCUGAGGACGCAGAAGAGACAGAGAAGCGAUCUGGCAAACGGAGAAAGAAAGAAGACGGAUCACCUGUUGAUGACGAUGCCUUUGAGAGUACACCAGUACUUCGGUAGUCCAACAGGGGGAGUGUCAGGGGUAGUGGCGCCCGUGGUAGCAAGAGGCGCGAGUCGAAGAAGUAGCAGUCGUAGAGCUCUCGGGUGCAUCGUAUCUCUGUAUGGUCAGGUUCUGUUGUCCUGGGAUUUUGCGAUGUAGCCGAGUUAGCUCAGACUAUUC